CUACUUGUCUUGAACUUGAUACGCUCCAGCAAAUAUAACAACUUUUUUACAUUUUCGAACAUAAAUAGAGUCAUGCACCCGCUAACUUCAUGACACAAUUGAUGCAUUUAAGCCAGAGUUUCCUCGAUUUGGCGAUUUUAGCUUUUACUCGCUAUUUUUUGUAUAUUUUUUCUGCAAUUCGCAAUCAUUUUUGUGUGGAGCAACCUGUUCCAAACUGCAGUUUGGCGCUGGCUUUUCUUUUACGUAACCUGGUGGCCGGACCAAGCCGGGCCGGGCCGGGCACGAGCCAAAUCCAAAAAUAAAUAACCAACGCCAACAACCCAGUUAGUGGUUUUCACUUCUUGGCCAGUCAUUACGUCCAGGUCCCAUUCCAUCGAUUCGAUCGGCAAGCCGGUCGGUAGACAGACAGCACGAUUUCAUUAUCGCACACUUCCCAUUCGGAAUACCAAUAGGUGGCGAUUACUUUGAGGAAAUUCGAAUUUGAAGCCACAGUUCGUUGGCCAAGUGAACCCAGGAAUCGCUUUGUGCAUUUACUUACAAAGUAGUUUUUAAAGUUCAAUGAAAAUAAUCUGAUUACAAAUUCUGACCAGUGAGUGAUAUAAUCGCGAGACUGUGCCAAUUCUGCCACCCAAAGUGAUAAAUAUUCAGAGUGGAUUGGAAAACAAACAAUAAUGUGCAAACAAAAGUCGAUCGUUUCAACUAUUUGGCUAGUGUCCGGAGCUUUGUGGCUAACACUAGCCGUGGAGACGACUGCCUACGGAUUUGGACGUUGCCCGAAUUAUCCGUCGAUGCCAAAGUUCAAUAUGAGUCGGGUUCUUGGCCACUGGUAUGAGGUGGAACGUUCCUUUUACCUGCCAGAGAUCGCCUCCGGAUGCACCACCUUCCAGUUCCAGCCAUACAACAAGGCGGAGCAGUCCAAGUUUGCCAAUUUCAAGCUGGCCGUGGCCAUUAAAAACAUUAAUCGUAUAACUGGUAAUCCCAAUGUAAACAUAGGCUAUGCCACGCCCGAAAAUAGUCGAUCCUCCAUCAUGGAUUUCAAGUUUACCACUCGUUUUCCGGAUGUGAUUGCCCGAUUGCUGCCAGGCUCUGGAAAGUACCAGGUUCUCUAUACGGACUAUGACAACUUUGCCAUCUUGUGGUCCUGUGGCAGUAUUGGAUCACUGGGUCACUCCGAUCAGAUCUGGAUCCUGGGACGCGAUCGGGACUUUGAGGUGGACAUCCGUUCAAAGGUCUACGAUGUCCUGAAGCGACUAUCCCUCGAUCCGGAUAGGUUAAUUAUAAGCAAAAACAAAAACUGCCCCGAGGCACUCUGAAACAGAGGGUCCAGCUCAUCCCCCAUCUAAAAUAUAUUUAAGAUCAUUCGGUUAAGGAACAAAUUCCAUUUGAUGCCUAAUCAUAUAGGCUGCUGUGAUAUCGAGAAGUGUGAAUCGGCGGAGAGGAGAGAAAAAUACAAAUAAAAUACAGAAAAUGCGCAAA